AUGUCAGCAACUAUUUUGACAGCCUUUUCUCUCCAUGAAGUCCUCAUCCUCAGGGAAACAAAAAGUUAUCAAGAACUGGGAUAUAGACUCUCGCCGGCCCCCACCAAAUGCGGAGCAACCCGCGAACUCACACCGGUUUCUCUCCAUCCUCAGCCUGCGCGCCACCAUCGCCGUCAUGCUGGCGCCACUCUCCGCCGCUGCGCGGUGACCGCAACCGCCUGGGCCGGCCCUCGAGGCCUCCUGCAUUCUGCCCCAACCCCCGGCCCCGCCGCGGCUAUCCAGUCAGUUCACUGCUAUUCCCAUGGGUCACACGAGACAGAUGAGGUGUUUGAUGCUCGCUGGGUAACAUACACCAACAAGCCAGAUAUAGAUGCCUGGGAAUUGCAUAAAGGGAUGAGCAACACACUUGUUAGCUAUGAUCUGGUUCCAGAGCCCAAAAUCAUUGAUGUUGCUUUGUGGGCAUGCAGACGGUUAAACGAUUUUGCUAGUGCAGUUCGCAUCCUAGAGGUCGUUUAGGACAAAGCAGGACCUCAUAAGGAAAUCUACCCCUAUGUCAUCCAGGAACUUAGAUCAACUUUAAAUGAACUCGGAAUCUCCACUCCGGAGGAACUGGGCCUUGACAAAAUGUAA